AUGAACGACAGAGAUCAAUGCUAUAUCGAGAUGAAAGGCUUCAGAUUCUUAGAUGUCCUCGGAUGUGGUGCAUGUGGUGUUGUCUACAAGAUUUACGAUCCUGCUUAUGACCGUGAAUUUGCUCUAAAAUCAGUUUUAGAAUCAAAAUUCAAUAAAAACGAAAUUCAGAGCAUGCAAGAUGUUGACGAUAACAAUGUAAUCAGGCUUUACGGAUAUGAUUACUAUCAAGGUUCCGUAUAUCUAUUGAUGGAAUACUGCCCUUGUUCAUUAGAAAAGUUUUUGAAAUAUCGUAAUUCAAUAUCAAACUUGCUUCUUAUAAAAUAUUCAAUGGGAAUCCUCAAGUCUAUUCGUGCAUGCCAUCAUGCAAACGUUGCUCACCUGGAUAUCAAGCCAGCAAACUUUUUAAUUGACCAGUAUGAUAGAAUACGCGUUACUGAUUUUGGAUUAUCUGCAAAACAUCUCCUAAAUGAGUUAGACAUCCAAUACGCAGGUUCUGUUCCAUUUAUGGCCCCUGAAAUUUUAUCAAAAUUGCCGCAUGAUUCCUUGAAAGCAGACAUCUGGGCAAUUGGUGUUACUUUUUUCAUAAUGGCAACAGGAAAACUUCCAUGGAUUGGUAAUGAUCGUAACACUGUUUGCCAUAAUCUUAUGAUGAUGCCACCAAGAAUUGAUUUGAUCGAAAACAAAGAAUAUGCCGAAAUUGUUAACAAAUGCCUUCAAAAAGAUCCAGAAAUGAGACCAACAAUUGAUGAGAUGUUCGAAUAUCCUAUUUUCCACGAGGAGUCGAUUGCAAUUAUUAAAAAACCCGUUCACAACACAUUCAUUGUUAACAGCAGAAGAACUUGUUCACGAUCACAAAUAAGCUUUAUUUGUCAACCAAGACUCCAAAAGAUGAAAUUACAUUAA